CGCAGCAGUAUUGUAAAUGAAACAGGAGCGUUCUUUUACAUCGUCUCCAACAGAUGGCGACAUUCUCUGCGCGGAAACAAGACUUCUAACUGCACAGAUUUAGUUGGCUGAAUUGUAUGUUCGUAUCGCACCGCACCAUGAAUUCAUUGGUGGAUUAUGACUGUGACAGUGAGGACAGUUUAGAUCCAGAGGAGACCCUUCCAGAAAAGAGUGGCUGUUCAACUAAGACCGAAGAAACCAUUAGAGCCAUUCCAUUGCCUGUAACUAGGCUGAUUUCAGAUCUCCAUCACCACAAGUCAAAAUCAGAAGAGUAUAAAACCCCAUCAGGUUCAAAGUGGCUUGAGUCAGCAUGUCCUGUAGUACAAACAUCUGUGGGUUCAAAAAGACCCCAGGAUAUUCCAGGUGGACUGAGACCGUAUGUGUCAAAGAGACAGAGGAUGUUCACGCAGUCCGAGUCAGCUGCACUGGAACACACAGAAAACUCACCUGACCUGCAGGCUACAAACUCGCGCCUUCUCUCAGAAGUGUCUGAGAGAGUGCAGCCAUUCCUGGGCAGGAAAAUGGUCAGAGGCGAGCUGCCCAAAAGUGUUCAACAUCAGCUUCAUGCUCAUCAAGGGCCAGUGAACACGGUGCAGUGGUGUCCAGUGCCACAUCUCAGUCACCUUCUGCUCUCAGCCUCCAUGGACAAGACUUUUAAGGUUUGGGAUGGUGCAGGCAGUGGGCGGUGUCUUCAGACUUACUCCACCCACCAUGGGGCUGUACGAGAUGCAUGCUGGCUGCCAUGUGGGCGACGCCUCCUUUCUGGCUCCUUUGACAACACGGCUUCUGUGACAGAUUUGGAGACUGGUCAGGCGGUUGCCAGGGUGGACAACCAAUUCAAGGUCACUUGUCUGGCUUUUCAGCCCUCAGAUCCUGCUCUCUUUCUGUGUGGGGGAUUCAGCUCUGAGGUCAAGGCCUGGGACUUCCGAACCUGUAAGAUGGUCCGAGUGUACAAAGCUGGGAUUCAGCAGACACUGGACAUCCUGUUUCUGGGUGAAGGGAAGGAAUUUGUGUCCAGCAGUGAUGUUGUCAGUCGAGACUCUGCGGAUCGCACCCUUAUUGCCUGGGACUUUCUGACGUCUGCCAAAAUCUCCAACCAGAUAUUCCAUGAGAGAUACACCUGUCCUAGUCUGGCCAUGCAUCCACAGGAAGACUCCUUUGUUGCUCAGACCAAUGGAAAUUACAUAGCACUCUUCUCAACCCAGAAGCCAUACCGGAUGAACAAGACGAAGAGAUAUGAAGGACACAAGGUGGAAGGUUACGCAGUGCAAUGUGAGUGCUCUACAGACGGCACCAUACUGGCGACUGGUAGUUCUACAGGCUCUGUGCACUUCUAUGAGUUUCAGAGCACACGAAGCUUGCUAACCCUCCGUGCUCAUCAGCAGGCCUGUAUGUGUGUGUCCUACCAUCCUGUAAUACCUGCCAUGCUUGCCACAUGUGACUGGGGAGGAGAAAUCAAGAUAUGGAUCUGACAACCUUAACCACUUCCCUUUGUAUCCCAAGACUUUUUUAAAAAGACAAUAAAUUGGUGAGCAUGUACAUAUAAUACUUUUCCUUUUUUCUGUGGCCUCUGGCUUGGAAUCUAGAUCCACAUCUGGAUUUCUGUACAGCUGCUUUGUGAUACUGUCUUGUUAAAAACGGUGUGAAUUA